AUGUCAGGUUCUGGGUAUGACGCCGUCGUGGACGUCGACGAUGAGGGUGACCUCGGCCAUACGGAUCUUCAGGAUGAUCUCGAAUUUCACAGUUCCAAUUUUGCAGAUACGACUCCAGGAACUCGUAAACCGCCCGCGUCCGGCCUCCCUCCCCCGGCGACAGCAUCAUCCGGCUCCUCCAAGCGCUUCCUCUGGAGUCUAAACUUUUACGCCCAGUACUUCGAUGUCGAUACAUCAGCCGUUCUCUCCCGCUGCUGGGCUGCCCUUUUCCCGCGUGCCAACUUCCUUGAUGUUCUUGAGGGCAACCCUGAUCUCUACGGCCCGUUCUGGAUUGCCACGACCGUCGUCCUGAUUCUCUUCCUUGGCGGCACAAUCAGCCAGUACCUAUCUAGUACCGGUACCGGACCGUUUGCCUACGACUUCAAGCUUCUAAGCGGUGCCGCCGGCCUCAUAUAUGGUUACACGCUCUUCGUCCCUGUAGGGCUGUACCUCGCUCUGCGCUACUUUGGCUCCGAAUCGGCCAAUCUUCUCGAGUGCUGGGCCCUUUACGGCUACGCCAAUCUCAUCUGGAUCCCCGUUGCCCUCAUCAGUUGGUCGCCCAUUAACAUCCUCAACUGGGUUUUUGUCGCCGUCGGUUGUGGCCUUUCCGUCGCCUUCCUUCUACGCAACUUGUAUCCCGUUCUUAGCGCGACAGACCACCAAACAAGCAAGAUCCUGCUUGUCAUUGUCGUCGCCCUUCACCUUGGCCUAUCAUUAGCCAUCAAGAUCCUCUUCUUCGCCCACGGAAGCCCUGUAGCGAGCCCUCCAGCCCAGCCCCCCGCUGCCGCGCCACCUGCUGAAGGACAACCACCUAAGCCUGCUUUCUUCUGA